UCGGUGUGAGACUAGGCAAAUUUACAGGAAUACAUGGCCUUAAUGAUACAUAAGGUAAUAAUUUAAACAGCAAUGCAAGAUCAGUGCAAGUAUGUAACCCAGGUCGACUAAUUACUUAUAAAGUAGCUAGCAAGACCAGUCUAGCAACUAGGGCGUAAUCAUUAGUCCAAACAGUUAUAAAACGGAACGGUUUGCAAAUAAAACGAGAGUUUCUAUUGGUCAAAUUCAAGUAGGUCAUAUAUACAGUCAUUGGUAGGUCCCUCCCCGUUUCGUUCAAGAAACAUUUUGCAACAGAAUUGACUCAAUGAAUACGCCCCUGCUGUAGUUUAACAAACUGCAGUAACGUUACUAUGCUAGCUAACGUUAGCUAUAGCUAACUGGGUGCCAGGUCGUAAGCUACACAUUUCAUUACCUCAACAGUGUGUAUUGUCGUCCACAGCUGAUUUGUCCGGUAUAAUGGAUUUUAAGCCAUGGAACAAAUGCAUUUUCUGAGGACGUCAUUACCCUGGCCCCAGGUUGCUCCUCUCACCUUCCCAAAACUCUGCCCCUGCGGUCUGUGGUCCAUAUUUUAAAUGAAGAGGAGGGCUGAGGAUUCUGGCCCAAGGAAGGAAAGACACCGGUUGUAGUUGGUUCCGGUGAUGUGCCAUGGGCUACGACGUCACCCGGUUCCAGGGGGAAGUGGAUGAGGACCUGCUGUGCCCUAUCUGCAGUGGGGUCCUAGAGGAGCCCGUUCAGGCCCCUCACUGUGAGCACGCCUUCUGCAAUGCCUGCAUCACCCAGUGGUUCUCGCAGCAGCAGAUAUGCCCCGUGGACCGCAGCGUGGUGACGCUGGCCCACCUGCGCCCCGUGCCCCGCAUCAUGCGCAACAUGCUCUCCAAGCUGCAAAUCAACUGCGACAACGCCGGCUUUGGCUGCGUUGCUGUGCUGCGCCUGGACCAGCUGCAGUCGCACCUCAGGGACUGCCAGCACAACCCCAAGAGGCCCAUCCAGUGCGAGCAGGGCUGCGGUCUGGAGAUGCCUAAAGAUGAGGUGUCUAGCCAUAACUGCAUCAAACACCUGCGCAGCGUGGUCCAGCAACAGCAGGGCAAGAUCGCAGACCUGGAGAAGGCCUCUGCUGAACACAAGCACCAGCUAGCGGAGCAGAAACGGGACAUCCAGUUACUUAAGGCGUACAUGAGGGCCAUCCGCAGUGCCAACCCCAACCUGCAAAACCUGGAGGACACCAUUGAGUACAAUGAGAUCCUGGAGUGGGUGAACUCCCUCCAGCCGGCUCGCGUCACCCGCUGGGGCGGCAUGAUCUCAACGCCAGACGCUGUCCUCCAGGCGGUCAUCAAGCGCUCGCUCAUCGACAGCGGCUGCCCGCCUUCCAUCGUCAACGACCUUAUUGAGAAUGCCCACGAGAGGAACUGGCCUGCCGGCCUGGCCACGCUGGAAACGCGGCAGAUGAACCGGCGCUACUAUGAGAAUUACGUGGCCAAGCGUAUCCCGGGGAAACAGGCGGUGGUGGUGAUGGCCUGUGAGAACCAGCAUAUGGGGGAGGACAUGAUCCUGGAGCCAGGCCUGGUCAUGAUCUUUGCCCAUGGGGUGGAGGAGAUACUAUGACCGGGCUGGGGGUGGUGAAGAGCAGAGGGGGAGACUUCUGACUGACCUGAAUUGAACAAAGGAGAGGAGGGAGCAGCGGAUGCUAUGACACGUAUGUCUACGUACUGAAUAGCACCCUAUUCCCCAUAGGCCCUGGUCAAAAGUAGUGCACUAUAUAGGGAAUAGGGUGCCAUUUUGAAUGUAGCCUAUGACACAGCAAGAGCAGGGGAAGAUCCUAUGACAGGGUAGGUUUAAAGGAGAUAUGACACCAAUAGAAGGCUUUAGAGGGAAAACUAUGACAAUCGGGAGUAUGGUAGUAUCAAGUGGGGGUGCUGGGAGUGACAGGUCAAAAUUGUUGGGGGGG